AUGGCGGGCGAACAGGGUGCUGGUGGCGGCAUAGAGAGCAAUCGUCGCCAUUUGUCGACAUCGACUCGGGCCAGCGCCGAGAAUGAACCCAUUCAGGAGACCGAGCCCCAGGCGGGCAAGCAGACACAGCAAGAAGAGGCCAAGACACAAUUCCAACAAUCGUCACAAGAUUCCCCCAGGGGCUUUAACCCGCCGUCUAAUACGUCAACACCCCAGACGGCGCCUUUGAUGGCGAGGGCAUCAUCCAAUAGCUCGACAGUCUCAACUCCGAGUGCUCCUACAGACAGCUAUUUUGGGAGCGUCCCCGAGGUCAAGGCACCCGCCCCCCGUAUCUCUCGCCCGAUCGAGCCCCCGGUGACGAAGGUGACUCUGAGCGAGUUGGACGUGUGCAAGAUCAUGCACAACCCCAAGCUGCGCCACGAUAUCAACUUUGACCCCGAAUUGCAUUUCCGACCCAACCUGGAUGGCGACAAGGGCAAGAGGAAACAACACAAGGCCGACCUGUUCUGGAACACUCUGCAGGAGCAGCUCGCCCAGUUUGUGAGGGAACCAGAGGCCUUCUUCGCUGCACACGGCCAGGGAGACGAUUGGUGUCUGCCAUCUUUGCUGAAGGCGGUCAAAGAAAUCAUUCAGACCCUCGUGCCUCAAAGGGACAGGGUUUACUUGGACGAGGGGUUGAAUGUCGACUUGCUGAUGCAGCAGUUCUACAGGGGCAUUGCGGACUUGGAGAAGCUGGCUCUAUGGCUGUCCAGAGUGCUUAAGUCACACUGCGCUCCGAUGCGCGACGAGUGGGUUGACCAAAUGUACUCGCAGCUGAGCAACGGCAACAGGACCAACAAUGUGGAGGAGCUCGUCAAGGGCAUGAAGAGCCUCCUCAGCGUGCUGGAGGCCAUGAAACUCGACGUUGCGAACCACCAGAUCCGCUGCCUCCGCCCCAUUCUUAUCGAGGGAACCAUCCCGUUCGAGCGAAAGUUCUUUGAGAAGAAGAUCCAGGGCAACAAGCUGGACGUCACUCAGGCAAAUGCCUGGUAUAGGGACGCAGAGCAGAGAUACGCCGGCUCCGUGUCGCCAAUCGCCGCUCACUCUUUCGGUGAGAUGUCGGUAUUCUUCGAGGCCAUCUCCCGGCUGAUCCUGCCCUCGGUCUCGGAAAAGGCACUGCCCAACACCUUCAUCUUUGACGAAGAGAGAUUCAUCAAGCUCCGCGCUGACAUGCAAGAUGCUAUCAACCUGGAGGUCUGCAUGCGCAUGUACGACGACCUCGAGAGAGUUGGCCGGUUCAACGCCCCUCUCUUCGCUAGCUCCUUCCCGCAAUUCGACGACGAACCCCGCAGCCGCCCCCUUUCCAUGACACCCGACUUUAACUUUAACACACCUCCGUCUCGCCCGUCAAGCUUGGCCUUCAGCUCCGGCGACUCCGCCACUUCGUCCCCGCGAUCGUCGCUCGUCCUCCCGCCCCAGCCGACAUCCGAUCCCACAGAAUCCCUGAGCAAGGCCCGGGAUCUUUACAACUCUCUCGUCGCGCUCCUUCACACCUCGCCGCCACCUCGCAGGCAUGAGUCCCGGUGGGAGGCUAUUGCUCCUUCGCUGGCUCUUCAGAUCUUCCGCUUCACAAACGCUCCGGCCGACAUGCUGCCGGUCUUCGAGUCCAAGCUCGCCUCGCACGUCUGCGACAUCAACAGCCCUCUCUUCCAGGAGGUUGAGCAGCACUUCCACCACAGACUCCUCAUGGAGCUACAAAAGCGAGUCCGGGAGUACCGCGGUCUGACUGGAGUUGGUCUCUUCACGGUUGCUACCGGUGGCCGCGCCCACGGUUCGGGGCGAUCAUGGAACAGCAGUCCCGACCGUGAGAGCUCCGUCUCGGACAACAGCCGGGAGUCCCGUGAUGAUGGCGGCAUUGAGGACAUGGCGACUCGCCUGGCACACCUCGGCAUUCUCCACUGGAGAGUCUUUGCCGGCCUCGCCUAUACCGAAGACGAACAGGCCGACAGUGUGAUGGAGAUGAACCAGUUUUAA